UCAAGGAGGAUUCUGCUCCACAUGCAAAACAGUGAUUUUGUCCAAAAUAUCAGGGCUAGAAAAUUGAAUUCAGCCUUUCCAGCCUGUAUUUUGUGUUAUUUUAUGAAUAAGCUGUUAUGUGAAAUUCUUUCAGCGCAAGGAGAUCAACAGCUGUUACUUUAAGUCUGGGUAUAGUGGACAUGCGUUUUUAAACUGUGUAGAAGAGCAAGAGCAGCAAUAUUUUUUCAUAAACUACAUUAAUGUUUGCACACAUAAAUGGUUGUUACGUGACACUUGAUAUUUUAUUAUUACAAAAUGACUGUUUCUGUGCGUGGAGGGACUGGUGGGGACUCUGCUCCUCCCAACAGUACCACACCUGUACAACAAGGUGGCCAAUCAAAUGACUCAGGUCAACAGCAGGACAAUGAGAACUCAGUUAUACAAAAUGAUGAUAGUUCUAGUCUAUUGUUACCUAAUGGAGAAGUGGCAUUUCCUCUUACUGAAUUGUCCAAAUUGGAUGAGAUGAUUAACAGGCCACGUUGGGUGGUACCUGUCCUUCCCAAGGGUGAACUGGAGGUUCUCCUAGAGGCAUCUAUCAAACUUUGCAGAGCAGAGCUAGACACAAAGAGUGAAGAGUGCCAGAGGUUCUUUCGGGAUGGCUUGACCACAUCAUUUCAUAAAAUUCUUAAUGAUGAAGCAGUUAACGGGUGGAAGUAUGACAUUCAUAAAGCUAUCUUAAAGAACACAGAGAAGCUUGUAGAGUUGUGUGUUACAAAACUGAAUCAGGAUUGGUUUCCUCUUCUUGAUCUUCUAUCUUUAGUAUUUAAUCCUAUGUCCAGAUUUAAUAUCUACAAUGGUGCUAGGCCUUCAGAGACAGUUCCACAGGGAGCUCAGGUGGCUGAAAAUUUAAUUUAUGCCAGACCUCCUGAUGCCAGGUCACCAAAGGGAUGGCUUGUGGAUCUGGUGAACAAGUUUGGUGUCUUGGAAGGUUUUAGCACUUUACAGGAAAGAAUAUGUGAUGGCAGUAAUCUUAGUGUCCCACUCUUAGCAGCUCUCCUUAGACCAUUUGGAUCCUGUGCAGAGGUUCUGACAACUAGCACCGUAGAAAAAUACUUUUUACCUGUUAUAGAUUUUGUUCCAACAUUUCUUGAGAACUUAACUGAUGAUGAGCUUAAAAAAGAGGCCAAGAAUGAAGCAAAGAAUGAUGCUCUCUCAUCUAUUAUCAAGGCUCUUAAAAACCUGGCAGUUAGACUGACAUCUCGAGAAGACAUUGCCAAACAAUUGGAAACAUUUAAACUGAAAAUGAUACUCAGAUUACUUCAAAUUUCUUCAUUUAAUGGAAAAAUGAAUGCACUAAAUGAGAUAAACAAAGUUAUCACAGGUGUAUCAUACUUCACUCACAGACACACGGUAGCAGAAGAGGAGGAGUGGCUAACAGCAGAGAGGAUGGCUGAGUGGAUCCAGAAAAACGGAGUCCUUUCAAUAGUGUUAAAAGACAAUCUUCAUCAACCUCAGUAUGUUGAAAAAUUGGAGAAAAUUUUGCGGUUUGUUAUAAAGGAAAAGGCUUUGUCUUUAGAAGAUUUGGACAACAUUUGGGCUGCUCAGGCUGGAAAACAUGAUGCAAUUGUAAAGAAUAUCCACGACCUUUUGGCCAAAUUAGCAUGGGAUUUUUCUGCUGAACAGCUAGAUCAUCUGUUUUCUUGUUUUCAGGAAAGCUGGACAAAUGCUAGUAAAAAGCAGAGGGAAAAACUGUUGGAGUUAAUAAGACGUUUAGCAGAAGAUGACAAAGAAGGAAUCAUGGCACACAAGGUGUUGGGUUUAUUGUGGAACCUUGCUCACAGUGAAGAUGUCCCAACAGACAUCAUGGACUUAGCUUUAAGUGCACAUAUCAAGAUUCUGGACUACAGUUGCUCACAGGACCGUGAUUCUCAAAAAACAGAGUGGAUUGGUCGUUGUAUAGAAGAGCUACGUAGUGACACUUGGGUUUUACCUGCACUCAAGCAAAUCAAAGAAAUAUGUUCCCUUUUUUAUGAGGCUCCACAAAACUACUCUCACACUCAGCGUAACCCUCAUGUAUAUUAUCGACAUGAAGUUAUAAAUCAGCUGCAACAAACUCACUCCUUGGUAAAGUUAGUUGCUGAUAAUCUUGCAACCUACAUGCAGAAAGUGCACACUCUGAUGGAAGGCAAACCAGAUGUAGUCCCAAGUGAUAUAAAAAUUGAUGGAAGGUACAAUCAUGUGACCCAAGUACAGGAGAGACUUAACUUUCUCAGGUUUCUUCUCAAGGAUGGACAGUUAUGGCUAUGUGAACACCAAGCCAAAUUGAUCUGGCAGUGUCUUGCAGAAAAAGCUGUUUUAUCAUCAGAUAGGGAGAGUUGCUUCAAGUGGUUUUCAAAAUUGAUGGGGGAUGAACCAGACGUAGAUCCUGAAAUCUGCAGAUCAUUCUUUGAAGGAAAUGUCCUCAAGUUAGAUCCUUCUCUGUUAACAGAAAAUGGCAUAAGGUGUUUUGAAAGAUUCUUUAGAGGAGUCAAUGUCAAAGAAGGUAAACUAGUAGCUAAGAGAAGAGCGUACUUAAUGGAGGAUUUGGAUUUGAUAGGAGUGGAUUACUUAUGGCAGGUGGUACUUCAAGGUUCAGAUGACAUUGCUGGUCGUGCCAUUGAACUGCUUAAGGAGACUUUCACCUCCCUUGGACCUAAACUGAGGGCUACACAGGUUGACAUUCAUGAGAAGUUCAUCCUGAAUUGUACAAACCAGAUUCGCCAAUCAGCAGAUGUAUUUUCUAAUAAGGGUACAGAGAUCACACGUAUUGAAGACAAGUCUCCAAUUCCAAAGGAAAAGCUUCAGCAAGAAGCAAAGAAAACAGUGAGAUGUCUGACAGUUCUUAAAGAAUAUGUUGCUGAGUGUGAUGAUGAACAUGCAGAGGAACGAGCAAUCUUACCUCAUGGAAGGUCAUGCCGUGGCCGACAUGUUUCACUUAUUGUCAGAUUCCCAUCCCAUGGCCGCCAGGGAGAAGACUUUGAGAUUUGGUCACACACAAAUGAGUCUAUCGCGUCCGUCAGACGACAAGUCAUGAGCAGGUUGAAGAACUCUUUACAGACAGCCAGGCUUGAUCUGUAUGUCAAUGGAGAGAUCCUCUGUCCUUCUGAUGACAAGAGACUAAUUUCACAAGUGCCAUUGAGAGACAGGACAUUAAUAACAGCCAAGAUUGGAACAAUGAAUAGCUCCAUGCCAUCAUCACCUGAUUCAUCAUCAGACUCAUCAGGGGGGUCUACACCAGCUGCUCUGGAUGGUCCAAACUUAGAUGCUGAGAACUGCCUUCCAGGAGUGAUGUUGUCCAAACGGCACAGCUUUAUGCAAUACCUAAUCGAUCUAUCUGAUCAAGGUAUAGCUCAUAACAUUCCAGAUCUAAGGGAGAGAGUUCAACAACUCCUUAAUCUCAUACCAUCAGACACAGAGACAGUCGGAAAUAUCAAGAAUGUUUGUCGAGCAUCUUCAGAAAACAGUUCUAAAACAUCUUCUCCUUUACUUGACAACAUGUUCUUUAUACCCUCUUCAACACAAGUUCUUUAUAACCUAGAGAUUGUUUAUUCCCUUCUAAUGCCGGCUGCAUUACCCAGUCAAGAUCACCAAACUUUAGAAUUCCAGGUCAACUUUUUGAAAUGUGGAGGCAUUCAAUGCAUUCUUAAUAUGCUGACAAGUACAGAAUUCCUUCAACAUGCUGAUGUAAUCACCAAAAGAGCUGCAUUCUACACACUCCUUAAAAUGGCCAAGUUGUUGCUGACAGUAGUGGGUUACGCUCAAGUAACAGUGGUAGCAGAAGCUAUUCAACCCUCAGACCCAUCCUGUUCCCCUCCUCCAAUCUCUGCUAGUGCUCAUAAUGCGGCAGUCAUAUUACAGCAAGCCUUGCAGUAUAUUCCUAACCCUGGCACAGAGUGCAUGUUACGGAACAUGGCUGUUAGACUUGCCACUCACUUGAGUAGCCAGGUUACAGAGCCAUUACCCGAUCUAAAUGCAGUCAAGUCUGUGCAGCGGUUAUCUUGGGCUGCAGGUGUGGGCAUGCUACAUCUUAUACAGUCAACAAAUGAAGAAAUACAUAAAGCCUAUGAUUCAAAGACAAGUACAAAAAGUCUUGAUAAUGAUGACAUUCAAGUGGCAAGAGAAGCACUUGAAGUGUUAAGUGUGUGUUUAGCCUUAUGUCCAAGUCUCCUUGAAACUCUCACAAAGGACAAAUCCUGGCAAUGUUUUAUCAUUGAUCUCCUUAUCAUGUGUCAAAGCAGAGCCAUCCGAUGUAGCACAGCAGAACAGUUCUUUCUGAUUGCCACACGAUGUUCCCACGGUCACAGACCACUUAUCUUUUUCAUUACACUUCUUUUUACUGUGCUUGUGAACUCUAUUAAGGAUCAUGCUGGCUCCUCAUAUGAAUACUUUAGCUUGUUUUGCAAAUUACUUGCCCAUGCCUUCUUAACCCAUUGUCCCCUGCCUACGGCUGAGAUGAUGCUGAACACUGAAAUAACAUGGCUCAAAAAAGCAAAGGAUUUAGUGCUAUCAUCUGAGGAAGGUAGCUCUGCAGUGGAUGACUCCCUGUUAGAAGGUCACCUUGGAGUUACAAGAGAAUUAUUACUUUUCCAGUCAGCUCAGAAGAAAUUUGCAAUUGGCUCACAAAAGGAUGGGCCUAACCUUAUUAAGGAUCUUGUGGAGGACUUCAUCUUCCCUGCAUCCAAGCUUAUCAUUGAUGCUAGGAAUGGUAAUGAUGACGUUUGGAACAAAAGAGUCACAGCAAUCUGCUCUACCCAGACCACCAUGGUAGCUGCUUUUGAUCUCUUAGUUGCUCUUUGCAGAGGCUGUGUUCAAAAUCUUAAAGUCUUAGCUGACAUCCUCACUGAUUUCUACUACUCUGGUGAGGACCCUCCUUUGACAGAAUGGGAACAUUUACCCCCGAUUGGGCCACGCCCAUCCAAAGGUUAUGUGGGGCUCAAAAAUGCAGGGGCUACAUGUUACAUGAAUUCUGUAAUUCAGCAGCUUUUUAUGAUUCCUGAACUACGUGAGGGUGUUCUGAAAGUGGAAGGAGCUGCACAAAAAGAAGAAGAGGAUGGUGUGGACGUGGAGGAGAAAUCUGAGAGUGAGAACACCAUAGACACUGGAUAUCAGUCUGAAGACAACAAAGACAAUGAUAAGGACACUGACACUAACGAUAAAGAACUGGAGAUAAAGAGAUAUCAAAUCAGUGUGCUUAAUCAGAUUCAGUUCAUCUUUGGACAUCUGGCACAGAGUCAGCUGCAGUUCCAUGUACCUCAAGGAUUCUGGAAAACGUUCAAGUUGUGGGGUGAACCAGUAAAUUUACGCGAACAGCAUGAUGCUCUGGAGUUUUUCAAUAAUUUGGUCGAUAACUUGGAUGAAGGUCUAAAAGCGCUGAGUGGCGACCCGCUGUUUUCCAACAUACUGGGCGGUAGCUUUGCUGAUCAAAAGAUUUGUAAAGGAUGUCCUCAUAGGUAUUCCCGUGAAGCACCAUUCAUUGCUCUGAAUGUGGACAUUCGUAAUCAUCAGAGUUUAGUGGAUUCUUUGGAACAGUUUGUUAAGGGAGAUUUGUUGGAGGGCGCCAAUGCUUACCACUGUGAAAAGUGUGAUAAAAAGGUUGACACAGUCAAACGAAUGUGCAUCAAAAAGCUUCCUCGAGUACUGGCAAUUCAGCUGAAGCGCUUUGACUAUGACUGGGAAAGAGAGUGUGCUGUUAAAUUCAAUGAUUACUUCGAGUUUCCACGUGACAUGGAUAUGGAGCCUUUCACAGAGCUUGGUCUUGCAAAGCUUCAAGGUGAGAUCGCUGAAAACUCAACUGAUGGUGAAGCAGAGGAAGAAAUAAAGAGUGAAACAACACGCAGCACGAAGUACCGGCUGGUGGGAAUCUUGGUCCACAGUGGACAAGCUAGUGGUGGACAUUAUUACUCUUAUGUCUUGCAGAGAGUUUCUCCAGAUAACGUUCCGAAAUGGUACAAGUUUGACGAUGGCGAGGUCUCAGAAUGCAAAAUGGAUGAUGAGGAGGAACUGAAGACUCAGUGCUUUGGAGGUGAUUACAUGGGUGAAGUGUUUGAUCACAUGUUAAAAAGGAUGUCAUACAGAAGGCAAAAGAGAUGGUGGAAUGCAUACAUCUUGUUUUAUGAACGCCUUGAUGUCAUGGAUAUAAGCAGAACUGUCGAUGUUGACAGAAAUUGUUGGAUGCCACCAGCAAUAAAGAGAGCAGUUCGUAAACAGAACGUGCACUUCCUUCACAACCGAAUCCAGUACAGCAGUGAAUAUUUCCAGUUCAUGAAGAAGCUGGUAACCGCUAAUGCUGCUCUGGAAAAUUCGGCGGAAAUGGAGCCUUUAGCAAUGACCAGCAUUCAGUUGGUUUCCAAGUUCCUUUUCACCACUGGCUUCCGAACCAAGAAAACCAUCAGAGGUCCAGCGGGUGAAUGGUACGAUGCUGUGUGUGUCUUACUCAGACAGAGUAAGGCUGUCCGGGAGUGGUUCGCCAAGUUUGUGUUGUUCUCUCACCCUGAUCGCUUUUCAGAAUAUUUAUUGGAGUGCCCCAGUGGAGAGGUACGAAGUGCCUUUGCUAAGAUUUUGGUGUUUUUAGCUCACUUCUCUCGUCAGGACGGUCCGUGCUAUCCGUACCCGGACGACAAUAAACAGGAAUCAGAUCUUGACAACAAAGCGACCUUGAGUGACCAUAUCCUAAGUGCUGUUCUUGGAUUACUGAAGAAAGAGGUUCCGGAGCACGGCCGUCACUUACAACAAUACUUUCACUUCUUUCUCAUGUACUCCACUAUUGGCCCACCCGAGAGACUUCAACUCUUACAACUUGGUGUUCCGGCAACUUUCAUGUUGGUGGCAUUGGACGAGGGUCCAGGCCCUCCCAUUCGUUACCAGUAUGCUGAACUGGGAAAACUUUACUCGGUUGUGUCUCAGUUAGUUCGCUGCUGUGACGUUUCGGCCAGAAUGCGCUCUUCUGUACCGAACACGCAGCCAAGAGCGAAUCCGUUUGAUGAAGGGCAUCCAGUAAUGGAGAUUCAGCCUGUUGUGGCAGACAUUCUGUUCACCAAGGCCACAUACUUAAAGAAAGUGAUUGAAGACAGCACAACUUCAGAAGACACUCUGAAACUGUUAAGAUUUUGCUGUUGGGAAAAUCCACAGUUCUCACGGAUAGUACUGAGCGAACUUCUCUGGCAGGUGGCAUUUUCGUACACAUAUGAGCUGCGACCAUACCUAGACUUGCUUCUGCAAAUGAUGCUUAUAACAGACUCCUGGCAGAGUCACAGAAUUCAUAACACUCUUAAAGGAAUUCCAGACGACAAAGAAGGUUUAUUUGACACAAUUCAGCGCUCGAAGAAUCAUUAUCAGAAGAGAGCGUAUCAAUGCAUCAAGUUCAUGGUCACACUCUUUUGCAGCUGUCCCCUCGCGCACCAGAUUCUCAUGACGGCACAGGACCUCCGCCGGAAGUGGACAUGGGCAGUAGAGUGGCUUAAUGACGAACUGGAGAGGAGACCGUACACCGGAGGCACGUCUUACACGUACAACAACUGGUCACCACCGGCGCAGUCCAAUGAGACUUCCAAUGGGUACUUCCUUGAACGAUCACACAGUGCACGACUCACACUCGCCAAGGCCUGCGAACUGUGUCCAGAAGAGGACCAAGAAGAGCCCGAGGGGGAUGUAGAAGGGGAAAAUGGGACCUCUGCAGACGAGGCUUCCCCAAAUGCUGAGCGCUCGAGUCCCCGACGGAAUUCUGAAGACCAGUCUUCUCCGAUCACUGAACAGAUUCCACCCUUAGACAAUAGUGAUACUGUUGAUAAUGAAUCCACGACCAAGCUGCUAAAUGAGGAGUCCGACUGAGCACUAAGUGUGGUAGAGCCUAAUGGAUAUUUCUGUGAACUGCAGUAGCCAUCACUGGGCUGUUGUCUACCGGUUGGUAUCUCCAUGGCAACUAGCAAGCCACGAUUGCGUGGAUACAGUGGCAUUUGUCACACUCUGACCCAAUCCUAUCACGGACAAGAGACACCGCGUCCGUACUUGGACGUAUUUACUUUGAUUGUUACAAUACCUUGGAGUCGAAGUGGAAAAUGCUAAUUUAUUUUUUUAUUUAAUGUAGAGGGCCGUUUACUUUGACAUAACGACUCAGUUUUGUAGUAUUUUCAGAUGGUGUUUAUAUGCGAUGCUCGAUUGUGGUGUAGUUUCAAUCCGUUGUCUUUGUGUAGCCCUCUCUCUUUCAGUCUGACGGGGAUAGAAUAAUCACAAGCCCGAUCAGCAUCCGUUUGUCAAGAAUUCUCUGUGUUCUGUAAAAAUUUUAAGAGAAAAAAAAUGGAAUAAUUCUAGAGCCUAUAAAAAGUACCAAAUAGAAGUAUUGUCACCUGUUCA